AUGGUUCAAGCAGGUGCACAACUAACAGAAUUACCCGAUGUAAGAUUGUGGAGAGAGGAACUGUUAAGAGCUUCACUCAUGGAAAAUAGAAUCGAGAAUAUUCCAACAGGCUUUUCACCAAUGUGCCCCCGUCUCUCAACAUUAUUGUUAUGCAGAAACUACAAAUUGAAUUUGGUCGGGGAUUCUUUUUUCCAGCACCUCAUCGGACUCAAGGUUCUUGAUCUUUCCGACACAGAUAUAGAGAAGUUGCCGGAUUCUAUUUGUCAUCUGACGAGUCUAACUGCAUUGUUGCUGGGAUGGUGUGCAAAGCUGAGUUAUGUACCAUCAUUAGCAAAGCUUAAGGCAUUGGAGAAGUUGGAUCUCAGUUACACUGGACUUGAAGAUUUGCCCGAGGGAAUGGAAAGGCUGGAGGAUCUCAGGUAUCUUAAUCUUGAUGGAAGUGGGGUGCGUGUUUUACGGUCGGGUAUUUUACCCCAACUCUCAAAAUUACAGUUCCUCAAGCUUCAUCAGAAAUCUGAAGUUGUUCUCUCAGUUAGAGGAGAUGAAGUUUCCGCAUUAUAUGAUUUGCAAACUUCGGAAUGCAACUUCCGUGAUCUUGACGAUUUCAGAUUUUUCCGAUGUGGACAGAGCAUUUCACUAAUUGCAUGCAAGGUUACUGUGGGACGACCUUGUUUCUCUUCACUUGAAGAUCUAAAUUAUACAAGAUCGAAGUCAGGGUUAAUUAAAGAGGCUUGGUUUUAUGACCUCAUGAUUGACAAUGCAAUUUCUCUGUUCGGGCGCUUCAUUACAAAAGUAGUUUUUGUGAGUUGUCAAAACAUGAGAAGCUUAUGUCCAUCAUAUGUUAUUGGAGGGCUUGAGAUUCUACACCUUGAUGGUUUGAUAAUCUUAGAAACCCUUUUUGAAGCACCCCUUUUUGAAGCACCUUCAAAGCUACCUGCUCUUGGUGUCUUUUUCAAACUCAGAGAGAUCGUGAUACAUAAAUGUCAUGGGAUGAUGGUGCUGCUCCCUCCUUGGUUGUUGUCUGAACUCCGAUUGGAAGUGAUUGUAGUCGAAGAUUGUUACAACAUGCAGGAGAUAAUGGGAAGUUGUGAAGUUUUGGUACAUGGAGAGGAGCAUUCCUCUCCUUUUCGUAGAUUUGAUAAAUUGAGGGUUUUGGUAGUGAAGAAAUUACCAAAUUUGAAAAGCAUUUAUUCUGGAAGACUUCAAUGCAAUUCUGUCGAAGAGAUUACCGUGGGUGAUUGCCCGCAGCUAACGAGGAUCCCGAUCACUAUUUCCCAUUCUCUUAAGAAAAUUGAAGUAGAUCCUGAAAGUUUGUUGAACACAGUUGAGAAUGUUUUAUGA